UUCUGAUACAUUGGUGUAGAUCGGGGUGAGGCAAGGGAAGCAAGGACGAUGAGUAUAGUAUGAGUAAUCAGAUUCAGAGUGUAUAGUGAUUCUGAUUCUUUCAUUUUCCAUAGAUUAGCAAGCAAUCGAGCGAGGGAGGGAGAGAGAGAGAGAGAGAGAGAGAAUGGUUCGGGAAGUAUCAGAGAGUUGCAUUGAUAGCUUAUUGACGGAGAUGGUGGCGUGCUAUUGCAACCGAUUCUACGCAAACAAGCCUGAACUCGCCGCACGCCGGAUCGAGGCCAUUGGAUAUCAGGUCGGUCACCAGCUCUCUGAAAGGUAUACCAUGGAUCGGCCUCGGUUCACGGAUCAUCUGGAGGCCAUCAAGUUCAUCUGCAAGGAUUUCUGGUCUGAGCUCUUUAAGAAGCAGAUUGACAACUUGAAGACAAACCAUAGGGGUACAUUUGUAUUGCAAGAUAAUAAAUUUCGCUGGCUUGCACGGAUGUCAAUUGAUCCAUCCACUGAAAAUGUUAGUCCAGUUGAAGAUAUUACUUCACCUACAGCUGAAAGCAAGGCAGCACAAGCAAUGAGCAUGCAUCUUUACUUCCCAUGUGGGAUCAUUAGAGGAGCUCUUUCCAACUUGGGAAUUCCUUGUGCAGUUUCUGCGGAUAUAUCAAACCUUCCUGCAUGUUCAUUUGUGGUCCGUAUAAAAGCUUGAAGAGUUCAUAGUUGUAAUACUGAUGAUGGAAGGGGAAGCAUUAAUAUUGUUCAAAACAAUGCUUUGAUGUCUGUGAGCUCUUUUGUCGUAAAAUGCUCGAGUGGGGAAUGUUUCUUUACGAGAUAUAAACUAUUAUAUUAAAUGUUAUUGACUGGAAUGUGUAGGAAGGGCUCCUGAGGUAGUAUUUUGAUAAGUGAGGAUUUGGUUCUUUCAGGCGCAGAUUCUAUGGAGUACGAUAACAUCGAAUUAUUGGACUGUGGAAAGACGGAGAAUUCCAAUCAUUGUAAUAUUGUUGCUCUUGUAUGGAACCUUUUAAAACAUGUACCACUUAUUCGAUUGCCAAUUUGCAGGAGGCUGGCUUUUUUUAUAA